AUGUCUUCACAGCAGCAACAGCAGCAGCAGCAGUGCCCACCCCAGCAGGUCCAGCAGCAGCAGGUGAAGCAGCCCUGUCAGCCACCCCCUGUCAAAUGUCAAGAGACAUGUGCACCUAAAACCAAGGAUCCAUGUGCUCCCCAAGCCAAGAAGCAAUGCUCACCCAAGGGCACAAGCCAACAUAUGUGCCCCUCAUCCCAGCAAACUCCCAAGAAUAAACCGAAGUAAGGAUGGAUUGGGGAUUAUCUUCAACCUGCCAUCCAGGUUACUAGAGGGAGCCUUGUCUUCUUCCUGCAUUCCUCCAACUCCAGAUUUCCCCUCCUCCUCCUACCUGGGGUCCAACAAAUCAUUGUAAGAAUUUCCUCCUGUUCCUCCUCA